AUGUCUCACCCACUUUCUAUUCUCUCCAUCGAGGAAACUAAUCUGGCCCGUGAUGUGGUCAAGGGUGCCCAUCCCGACGUUGUGAUUGACUUUCGGGAGAUCUUCUUACAGGAACCACCAAAAGCCGAACUGCUGGACUUUCUGGCAAUCGAACAUGCUGGUCGACUGAGUCCCACUACUCCCAGACCACCACGUUUAGCCCUUUGUCAAUACGACGUGAUCGGAGCCGAUCGAAUUCCCCAAUUUCACGAAUCUGUCAUCGAUGUGGUUUCACAAUUGCGAGUGAAACACACUGUAGUGGGGAAGGAACACCAUGCCAGUUUGACCUUAAGUGAAUUUGAUGUUCUCGUCGAUCAAUGUAUGAAAUCCCCCUUAUUUCAGCAAGCCCUCUCGGAAUUCGACCUUCCAGAGGGUUUCGAUGUUGUCAUUGAGCCGUGGCCUUAUGGUGGAUUGGAUCACACCGACGAGAACAGACGCUUCUUCCAGGGCUUGUGCUUCGCUCAAGACAAAAGAUCUGGAAACGAAGACUCCAACUUCUACUCUUUUCCAUUACCUAUAAUUCCCGUGAUGGAUGCCCACACUCAAGAGAUCAUUCGUGUGGAUCGACCAGCAACGGGUGGAAAAGGCGAUGGCCUUCUCGAACAAACCUUCAAUCGGAAUAUCAUUGGCCAUUGCAAGCCUUCCGAGUAUGUGCCCGAGUUGAUGCCAGAAGGAACUCGCAAGGACCUCAAACCGCUCAAUGUCGUCCAACCUGAAGGUCCCUCCUUCCGAGUCACCAACGAGUCUCUUGUUGAAUGGCAAAAGUGGAGGUUCCGUGUUGCCUUUAACCCACGAGAGGGUGCAACGAUCCACGAUCUAUCAUAUGAUGGCCGAAGCGUCAUGCACCGACUAGCUAUCAGUGAAAUGACCGUUCCUUACGCCGAUCCUCGACCCCCCUUCCAUCGAAAGCAAGCCUUCGACUUUGGAGAUGGUGGCGGUGGAAACAUGGCCAACAACCUCUCCCUCGGCUGUGAUUGUCUCGGGGUCAUAAAAUAUUUUGACGCGAUCAUCACUCAGGCCGAUGGCACUGCUCAAAAACUUCCAAAUGCAAUCUGUCUUCAUGAGCAGGACAAUGGAAUUGGCUGGAAACACUCCAACUGGCGCACCGGUCGCGCUGUCGUCACGCGAAACCGCGAGCUAGUUGUACAGUUCAUCAUCACACUGGCCAAUUACGAAUAUAUCUUUGCCUACAAGUUCGAUCAAUCCGGAGGCAUCGUGGUUGAGGCCCGCGCAACCGGUAUUCUAAACGUUGUCAACAUUGAUGCUGGCAAGGUCAGCGAGUACGGAAACGUCGUCUCUGGUGGCGUCCUCGCCCAGAACCACCAGCACAUAUUCAAUGUUCGCAUUGAUCCAGCCAUCGAUGGACAGAACAACUCGGUAGUCGUGGAAGAAUCCCACCCGGUCGCAAUGAAUGCGGUCACCAAUCCUAAUGGAAACUUUUAUGAGGUUACCAAGCAGACUGUGGAACGCGCAUCUUGGAUCGAUGCUGCUCCGCAGCUCAAUCGUACCAUCAAGAUAGUGAACCCCCACAAAAAGAACCCUAUCAGUGGGAACCCUGUGGGAUACAAAUUUACCCCUCUCGCUACUCAGACUUUACUAGCCGACCCAGAAUCUGUGCAGGCGCGCCGAGCUCAAUUUGCUCAGCAUCACGUUUGGGUCACCAAAUAUCGAGAUAACGAGCUCUAUGCCGGUGGUCGGUAUACAUUGCAAAGUCAGACCGAAGUUGAAGGUGUAGCUGAUGCAGUUCGCCGUGGAGAUUCUGUUGUCGACACAGAUGUGGUCGUUUGGAACUCUUUUGGUAUCACCCAUAAUCCGCGAGUAGAAGAUUGGCCUGUGAUGCCCGUCGAAAUUUUCCAGCUUAUGAUUCGGCCUGCGGACUUCUUCGUUGCCAAUCCCUCGCUCGAUGUCCCUUCGAACAAGAAUGGAUCGUCGCGUCUUGCUGACGCUGAAUGUUGUCGUAAAUCGCACAUCUGA